CGGUUGGCCGGCGCCGCUUGCGUUCGUGGCGCGCCGUCUUGGUAGCUUGUAAACGCCGUUAUGCGGCGGAGCGCGUUUGGUCGGCGACGUUAGCGAGCUUCGGUGACAGCACUGAAGUGUCGUCUGCUGCUGCAGGGAGCAGCGGUCACCACAUAGCUUCUAGUUCCGCGCUGCAGGCUGCGUCCUUUUCGCACCAUGUGAACACCGAACGUACUGCUGUGCUUCGCGUGACUGGUGACUUUGAAAAAGGAUUUUGCGCUCGCGGCACACGUGUAUGCGACUCUUGGAUACGUACUCCGGGCUGACAACGACGGAACCGAGCGGACGACGAUCGGCGCUGAGAGUUGGGGAUAGCGUCGCCUCUUCCGCGCCGCCCGUCAGGAAGCGUGUUUGGUUCUCCAGCGCGCUGUCAGCCAUGGGUCUCAGUGACACCGAUCGAAGGGAACCCAUCCUGAGUGUGGAUGGGUCGAGCCACCCUGAGGGGCCUAUGAGUGAGGCUGAGGUGAAGCCCUGUUCACCACAAGGGGGUGACGCCAACCACAACCACCCCACCACUCUCAACUUUGCUGCUGCAACAACUAACGGGAACAGCACUGCCAGCCUUUCACCGCAAGCUCCUCCUGGCCAGCCCUCAGUGACCAGUGCAACACCAGUGGAUGCACCCACCCCAGUUGCCUCUACACCUGUUAGCAAGGCUGACAUGGAGCUUCUUGCACGCCUCGAAGAGCAGAACAGGCUCUUGGAAUCAGACUCUAAGUCCUUGAAUUCACUGACUUCAACGCACUCCAGAAAGUCCUCGGACACCAGCCAGGUGUCGGUGGCAUCAGGUGCAAGCCAGCAGAGUGCUGCUCUGGAUGAUGACUCAGAAGAUGCCUGGGUCCUAUGGGGAAGAAUGGUAAAUGAGUGGGACACCUACAUCAAGAAGAAGAAUGCAUAUGUCAAGGAACACGUUCGCAAGGGUAUCCCACAACAUUUCCGAGCCAUUGCAUGGCAGCUGUUGUGCAAUGCACCUACAUGUGCAGCCCGUGAGCAGUACGCAGAGUACCUAAAGGCAAGCUCACCCUGUGAGAAGGUGAUCCGCCGCGACAUUGCACGCACCUAUCCUGAGCACGAGUUUUUUCGUGACAAAGAUGGUCCUGGACAAGAGGGCCUUUUCAACGUCAUGAAGGCUUACUCACUGCAUGAUCGAGAAGUAGGCUACUGCCAAGGGAGUGCCUUCAUCGUUGGCCUAUUGCUUCUACAGAUGCCUGAAGAAGAGACAUUCACAGUGCUGGUGCGAAUGAUGCAAGACUAUCGUCUACGGGAAAUAUACAAGCCCAGCAUGGCUGAACUGGGACUCUGUAUGUACCAGCUGGAGUGCCUUGUACAGGAGUUGGUGCCAGAGAUCCACAUGCACUUCCAGGCUCAAAGCUUCCACACAUCUAUGUAUGCCUCAUCAUGGUUUCUUACUCUGUUCACUUCCUGCUUGCCGCACACCCUAGCAUGCCGCGUCAUGGACCUUUUUCUCUCGGAGGGAAUGGAGAUGAUUUUCAGGAUAGCCAUAGCUAUUCUCCAAUUUUGUAAGGAAGACAUACUCCAACUGGACAUGGAAGGCAUGCUAAGGUACUUCCAAAAGGAAAUGCCAAGCAAGUGUGAAACAGAUCCUGAUUAUCUUAUAAACCUGGCUCUGCAAGUGAAGUACAACAGCAAGAAAAUAAAAAAGCUGGAAAAAGAGUACACGGCACUUAAGGUUAAGGAGCAUGAAGAAAUGAUUGAGCUGAGGAGGCUUCGUACAGAGAACAGGCUUCUAAGACAAAGGAUAGAACACCUUGAGCAGGAGAGCUCUGCACUGGCUGACCGUCUGAUUCAAGGCCAAGUGGUGCGGGCUCAGGAAGCAGAAGACAACUACAUCAUCAAGCGAGAACUUGCUGCCCUUCGUCAGCAAGAGCUCACGGUGCAGCAGGAGCUGCAGAAAGCCAACAACCAAAUCAAGGAGCUUCACCAAGCACAGACACAGCCGUCAUCACUGGACAGCCAGACGGAGGACCUGCUCAAGUCACUGCAAGAUGAAUUGGUGGCUGUGAAGCUGCGUGAAGCUGAGGGCCAGGAGACUAUGCGUGGCCUUCGCCAAAGGAUACACGAGCUUGAAGAGGAAAACAAACGGCUAAGGGAAGCGACACCAAAUGAUAGUGUGGCAACUCUACAGGAAGAAUUGAUAGCGGUAAAAUUGCGUGAAGCUGAAGCUAAUCUAUCCAUGAAAGAGCUGAGGCAAAAAGUCGCCGACUUGCAAGCUGCAUGGGAGAAGCAUCGUUCGGAAAACCCCCAUCAGUCAGACAACCAGUCAACACCUUCACGAUGGAGUGGAAAUAAGUCUCAAGUGAACCAGCUUCAGGAAGAACUGAUGACUGCUCGACUCAAGGAAGCUGAUGCUACUGCUGAGCUGCGGGAACUGCGCCAAAGAGUCAUGGAGCUUGAGACUCAAAAUCAAGUUAGCCUGAACCAAAUCCGCCGUCAAGCUGACGAGAUCGCAAAGUAUGAGCAAAUGUCUGACAAGGUCUCUGAGAAGGAGCGCGAGUUGCAUUCUCUCGUCCAAGAUGAGGCACGCAAGAUCACAAACCUGGAAUCACAGAUGAAAGAAGAAAGGAUGAAUGCUCGUAUCCGUGAAGUGGAGCACACCCAAAUUAUUGCAGAAAUGAAGCAGAAAAUCUCCUCCCUUGAGAUCAAGAAUCAAGAGCUGCUUACUGCUGGUCAACUGAGAGGCAGCACCGAAUCUGAAGAAGUGAAAGAACUUCAGGAUAAGGUGUCUGACUUGAAGGCUGAGGUUAUGCAGCUGCAGAUAAUGAACAAGCGCUUGAGCUCUGCACUGGCAGUGGCUCGGCUGCGGCAACCAGAUACACAGAAGGCUGGAACAGCGGCAGCGGCAGCAGCAUCUGGCCCUCUGAGCAGUUCACCACCACUUACCCUGGUGGGAGGGCUUAGCCGUAGCACAAACCUCAUGGAAGAUAGUGUCACUGAGCAGCUCCUUCAGCUUGGACUGGAACUAUCGGUCAGCCAGCACCCAGCUAAGCAACCCAAGCUUGCCAAUGGGGAGCUCUAGUUUUACCAAGUUUAUUUGUCUGUUUCACCCUGAGGUCAGGGGUCACUUGUGAUAUGCGUAAUGAGGCUUGGGAGCUUAUUGUUGAUUGCCAGGGGUAAUAUCACAUAUUGAGAGCGAUCUGUUUGCCACUGAAAGCCUGUAACUUUUCUUGUGAGAGAUAUUUUUUAUCAUUAAUAAUAUUAUUAUUAUGAUUAAUAAUAUUGUAUUUUGUGUUCUCUAUACCAUUGCAAUCAACAGAUUAAGAGGAAGACUUGCUAGUAGUUUUGUUGCCCACUUCAGUGCAAGCUGCCGAUAGUACAGGAAAAAUGGUGGCACAAAUGUUCACUGUGCCAUCAUUUCCCGUACAUUUCAGUCUGUGCACUCAAUACCCAUUGUUCCAGACUGUUUCAGCAUUUGAUCAAAUUUGUUUGUUUUUUGAUGGGGUUGCCUAACAUGGCUUAGCAUAUGAGCUUACAAAGCAGAUGCCUGUUUCAUGCCUCUGCAGUGUUGUACUAUAGUCUUGCAUGAAAUUUAAAAAAAACAAAUAUUGGCUAAAGAAUUUAUAAUCAACUACUCUUAAUGAACAGUAGACCACUUAUUUAUUACCUAAUUGAAAAAUUACUGAAAAGGUAUAAUGGGUUUUACCAUGACUUAACACAUGAAUAUGCAAACAGCUCGACCAGCUUUUUAUUGAUUUGUCUACUGAGGUGCUAAAUCCAUUAAGAGGGAAGCCUGUGGUCUGUGAUGCCAGCAUGCUUUGCCUAAGCAAACGUCACUUCAAUUUCAUUAAUUGGACUUCAUUUAGGCAUGUUUGUUAGGUUUCAAGUCAGAGCUUUUGACUGCAGGGCUCAACUGUAUAUUUGUUUAUUUAAGUCUUUAUCUACCUUUAAAUAAAAAGGGCAUGUAGCUCUAUACUAUGGCACCUUUAGACCAACUUUAUUCAUACAU